UGUAGGUUGAAAAUAAGGAGCGGUUAGGAAUCCCCUUCCUCCUCCUCCUGUCUGUUAUUCCUUUUUCAUUUGUGUUUGAUCUGAUUACUACAUUUCGUGGAUGCCAAUGCAGAGGAGGUUUUGUUGCUAUAUCUCAAUCUACGAUGUCGGGGGUUGUUGAAAGGGAGGAACGCCAAAUAUGCGCAAAUGGGGGUUGUGUGCAAACCGAUGCCAUUGAGGCAAAGCUCAAUGCCGGUAAUAUCGAUGACGCCGAAUCUGAUUUGCGUCAAGGUUUAUCACUCAAUUCCGAGGAAGCACGAGCUCUUAUUGGAAGACUGGAAUAUCAAAGAGGAAAUGUGGAAGCUGCUCUUAGAGUAUUUGAAGGUAUUGAUAUUGAAGCUGCAAUACACCACCUGCAGUCGAUUUCAACGACUAAAAAAUCACACACUCACUCCGAGUCCGGCCCACAGCAGGGUGCCAAUCUGGUGCUUGAAGCCAUAUAUUUGAAAACCAAGACACUGCAAAAACUUAAUAGGAUUAACGAUGCUGCUGAAGAAUGUAAAAAGGUGCUUGAUGCAGUAGAGAAAAUAUUUCCACAUGGGAUUCCUGAUGCUUUUGUAGAAACUAAACUACAAGAAACAAUUAGCCGAGCUGUUGAGCUUCUCCCACAGCUAUGGGUUGAAGCGGGUAGCUAUGAAGAAGCCGUUUCUUCUUAUCGACGUGCUCUCCUCACUCAAUGGAACCUUGACAACGACAGCUGUGCACGAAUCCAAAACAAUUUUGCUGUCUUUUUGCUGUAUAGUGGAGUCCAGGUGGGCCCACCUGCAACAUCUAAACAAAUUGAGGGUACAUACGCUCCAAAAAACAAUUUGGAAGAAGCUAUUUUACUUUUAAUGAUCUUGAUGAGAAAAUUCUCUCUCGGGAAGGCAAAAUGGGACCCGGCUGUUGUAGAACACCUCACGUUUGCUCUGUCUAUUUGCAGCCAAACUUGUGUCUUAGCAAACCAACUUGAAGAGGUGAUUCCUGGAGUAAUUCAUCGUGUUGAUCUUUGGAAAAUGUUGGCGCUUUGUUGUAAUGGGAUAAAUCAAAAUAAAACCGCUCUUGAUUUGUUGAAGAAAGCACUUCAUAAACAUGAAAAACCAGAUGAUAUAACGUCACUACUGUUGGCUGCUGGAAUAUGCAGUGAAGAUGGGUUUCUUGCUGCACAAGGAAUCGAGUAUGCUCGAAGAGCGUUAGAUAGCUGUAAAAACAGAAACAAACAUUUGAAAGGUGUGUCUCUUCGGGUAUUGGGGCUUUGUCUUGGUAAACAAGCAAUCGUUUCGUCUUCAGAUUAUGAACGUUCGCGUCUCCAGUCAGAAGCAUUGAAAUCACUAGAAGAAGCCUUUGAGCUAGAGCCUGAAAACUCGGAACUGGUGUUUGAGCUUGCAAUUCAAUACGCGAUGCAUAGGAAUUUAAAUAAUGCUUUGAGGUUAUCAAAACAAUAUAUUGAUGUGACUGGGGGAUCCAUGUUACGUGGUUGGAGACUGCUUGCUUUGAUUUUAUCUGCACAACAACGGUUUCAGGAGGCUGAGGUGGUUACCGAUGCUGCUUUAGAUGAAACUGCAAAGUGGGAUCAAGGACCGCUUUUGAGAUUGAAAGCAAAACUGAGAAUUGCACAGUCCCGACAUUUGGAUGCAAUUGAAACUUACCGACAUUUACUUGCAUUGAUACAAGCACAAAAGAAAUCUCAAACCACACACCAGAUUGAAGAAGAUAGAGUAAACGAGUAUGAAGUCUGGCAGGGUUUAGCAAAUUUAUAUUCCAGUCUUGCUCGUUGGAAAGAUGCUGAGAUAUGCUUGGGGAAAGCUAGAGAAAGCAUAGAAUGCUCAUCAGAGACACUGCAUACUGAGGGAACAAUAUAUCAGAGACGUGGGGAGAUAGAUGAAGCAUUGGCCACCUAUGUUAAUUCUCUGUUAGUGGAGGCUAAUUAUGUACCUUCCAAGAUUAGCAUUGGCGCCAUUAUGUCAGAUCGUGGCUUGCCCAUGUUGCCAGUGGCUCGAACCAUGCUCUCAGAUGCGCUACGGCUCGAACCCACUAACCGUAUGGCUUGGCUUCACUUGGGAUUUGUUCAUAAACUUGAUGGACGAUUAUCUGAUGCCAUUGAUAGCUUUCAGGCAGCUUCCAUGCUUGAAGAAUCUGAUCCUAUCGAGAGCUUUAACUCAAUUCUUUGAAGCAACAAUGGUUAAAUAAAUUAAUUGUUCAUUCUUUUAGAUUGUGUUGACUCAUCUCUCACAUUUGUUUAUCUUGUAGCAAAUUGAGUGUAGCUAGGGUUUUUAUUGCA